AUGGCAAGAGUCGCUUUCUCUGUUCGUACCAGCCUCGCUUGUCCCAAACGACGACAACUUCCACCAGACACAUUCAGCGGGCCUAGGAUCAUCCGUCGCCAUGACAAAUUCGCUGUCCCACCUCGUAUUCUCUUCAGCGGUCGCACUCGCCGUAAGCGCCAGAUCAGAGCGCAGAAUGCCAGCAAUCACUCCAAGCUGACCCUGUGGACCCUUCCGAUCGACCUUCAACUCGAGAUCAUGAAUCACCUCGACAAGCCAUCACGCAUCAUCCUGGGCCUGACCAGCAAACACUUUGCAGACUUGAGCCAGCUCUCCAAGACUGAUCUCACCGAUCGUCCCUCUCUGGUUCAAUGGCGCACUGCGGCGCCAGGCAGCCAACGCUACACCCAACACAUCUCGGACCGACGCAUCCUGAUGUUGCAACUCAGGACCUACUUCCCGCGCAACCGCCGGCUCUGCUGGAUCUGCCUCAAGUACACGCCGAUCCACGGCCACGCGUGGCACUUUACUGCCCGCGUCAACACCCUCGAUGGCAACCACAUCGACCUCCCGUUCCUCAACGAGAGGCCGGUGAGACGAGUCUGGGCGCACGCGCGCUGCAUGAAUCUAAACGGGUUGAACAGCGGUCGUGACCUGGGCAGCUGGGCCGUCAGGACCGCUGGGGCCGCGGGCGGGCGGGAUACCUAUUUCUGGGGCCGCCUCGUUGCUGGGCUGGAGCUGUACAAGCAAUAG